AUGAAGUGGAUUUUGAUUUUGGUUUUGUCAGUUCUCGCGAUAGCCAUGGCGAUACCCCAACGAGGAUCCGGCAACGCCCGUCCUGAUCGAGUCCUUGUCUCUAACAACAAUGGAGGAUAUGGCAACACCCGCCCUGAUCGAGGAUAUGGCAACACCCGCCCUGAUCGAGUACUUGUCACUAACAACAAUGGAGGUGGUUUACAACGUCCUGUAAUUUUGCCCGAACGCUUGCCGAAUAUACCUCAAGCUACGGGAGUUCCACGGGAAUGGCUCCGUGACGGCAAGUAG